GCAAAGGCUGUUAUAGCGCUUGGCUGAUCAAGGCCAAGAACGAUGCCGCCCGAAUGAAAGUCUUGCAGAGUACCACCACAAGGUACUUCACCAUAGACUUUGACGCGCAGAUUUUUUACUACUCGCAUUCCAUAGCGCAGAAGAAGGUAUCGCAGCCGAUUCAUUUUCGAGACUUCCUGGGAGCAGAGAGGUUGCCUCUACCCGCCAAGUCCAGAAGGGGCAAAAGCUUGAGUUUCGGCUUCACCCUGAAGACGGCGGACCGGAACUUUGAGCUCUACACUACAAAUGCUGCAGAUGCAGCACAGUGGACGUCUGCGCUGAAUGCAGCCAUGGAAGCGGGAAAAAAGCCAAAGGAAAGCCAUGAGCUGGGCGUUCUUAAGGUGGAAGCGAGGCGGCAAAAGCAGGCCAUGGAACAGGCCAAUCGUCGCCCUCAGGAGGAGCCUCCUGUCAACCUCCCGUCACAACUUCCGGAAUCUGAGGAGGAAGCUGCUGCAGCAGAAGCUGCCAAGAAAGCCCAG